AUGAAAUUUUGGACUUACUCAACUAAAGUGUUAGCUACUUUAUUAGCUGUUGUCUCUAUUACUCACGCCAGUGGUCCAACCGAUGGUGACGCCGUUGCCGAUCCAAACAGUGCUGUCGUUAAAUUGACUUCAGAAAACUUUGCCUCCUUCAUUGAAGAAAAUCCAUUGAUUUUGGCCGAAUUCUUUGCCCCAUGGUGUGGUUACUGUAAAAUGUUGGGACCAGAAUAUUCUAAAGCUGCUGAUUCCUUGAAUGAAUCCCAUCCAAAGAUUAAAUUGGCCCAAAUUGACUGUACUGAAGAUGAAGCCUUGUGUAUGGAACAUGGAAUCAGAGGUUACCCAACUUUAAAAAUCAUUAGAGAUGGUGAUAGCAAAACUGCUGAAGACUAUCAAGGUCCAAGAGAAGCUGCUGGUAUUGCCGAUUACAUGAUUAAACAGUCUUUACCAGCUGUUCAAUUCCCUGAAACUUUUGAAGAAUUGGAUACUUUAAUCGAUGCUCAAACUAAACCAUUUGUUUUACAAAUCAAUCCUACUGAAGAUGGUAACGCAACUUUCAAUAAAGUUGCUAAUCAAAAGAGAAAAGAUUACGUCUUUAUUAAUGUUGAAGAUAAACAAAUUAUCAAAGAUUUAAAUAAAAAAUUCAAGAAUGUUGACAUCACCGGUAAGAAACCAAGCUAUUUGGUGGUCCAACCAAAACAAUUUGAUGAAGUUGCCAAAUUUGAUGGUAAGAAAAUCGAUGCUGAAUCCUUGACUGAAUUCAUUGGUGUUGAAGCAGUUCCAUACUUUGGUGAAAUCAACCAAGACACUUAUAUGACUUAUAUGACUUCUCCAUUGCCAAUUGCUUACUAUUUCUAUAAUAAUGCUGAACAAAGAGAAGCCAUUGCUGACGACCUUACCAAGUUGGGUAAGAAAUACAGAGGUAAGCUCAAUAUUGUUGGUUUAGAUGCUAGCUUGUUUGGUAGACACGCUGAGGUUAUUAAUAUGGACCCAGAAGUUGUCCCAUUGUUUGCCAUUCAUCAUAUUUCUGAUAACAAGAAAUUCGGAGUUAACCAAACUGAUUACCCUGAAGGUCCAUCAUUCAAAGUCAUUGAAAAGUUUGUUGCUGAUUACUUUGCUGAUAAAUUGACCCCAAUUAUUAAAUCAGAGCCAUUACCAACAGAAGAAGAGAAGUCAGCUAAUCCAGUAGUUAAAUUAGUGGCCCACAAUUACAAAGAUGUUUUGGAACAAACCGAUAAAGAUGUUUUCGUCAAAUACUAUGCUCCUUGGUGUGGUCAUUGUAAGAAAUUGGCUCCAACUUGGGAAGAAUUGGCUGAAAUCUUUGGUUCUAAUAAAGAUGAUGCUAAAGUUGUUGUUGCUGAUAUUGACCAUACUAAUAAUGAUGUUGAUGUUCCAUAUAACAUUGAAGGUUACCCAACUUUAUUGAUGUUCCCAGCUAAUGGUAAAGUCGAUGAAAAAACCGGAAUUAGAGAACCAAUUGUUUUCGAAGGUCCAAGAGAAUUAGAUACUUUGAUCGAAUUUAUUAAAGAAAAAGGGGCAUUGAAUGUUGAUGGUGCUGAAUUGAAAGCUAAAUUGGAUGAACAAAAAGCUACUAAAGAAGAUGAAGAAGUGGAAGAAGAAAAGGAAGAAGAAGAAGAAGAAGCUCCAGUUGAAGACAAAGAAAAUGUUGAACACGAUGAAUUGUAG